ACCGCGCGUGGCACUUCGGGAGAACGAUUCACAGCCGAUUAUGCAAAAGCUUUUGUUCACUUUACUGUUGAUCGUGACCGCGAUUGAGAAUGAGGCGCGAGAAGCAAUUAGACCACCACCUGAAGUAGGUCAAAUAAUCAAAGAUCUUGAGGAAGUGCAUAUUGAUGAUUCGAUUGAGCGAGGGGCCCCCUGCAUGCUGGACAUCCAGAAAGAUUUGCCGUCAGGGAAACGAGCGCAGCCACUUUACCUGCAUCCGCACACGGACAGCUAUUGGCUGCCUAAUGGAGAUGGUCAGUUGGUGGUGCCACGCGGUGCCAGCAUUGAGCUGUAUUGCGACUCCUCAUUUGCGAAUAUGGACAGUCAGGAAGAGACCGUCUCCAUUCAUGCCCGCUGCCUGCACGACACAACCUUUGAGUGGACAGGCGGAAAGCAAGAGCUGCAGGAUUUCUACUGCACACAGCAGCUUAAAUAUGUCGUGGAACGUUUGGAGCAGCAGCCAUGUGGCGAUGGGAAUAUGACAUCAGCGGCACGCAUUUACCGUGUGGGCUACAAUGUGAGCGGAGGGAGAUUUGUGCGCACCCUGGAGCUGUGUCACGAUGCCGAGCAGCUGCGAACCGAGUAUGUGUACUAUCAGUUGCUGCCGGCAAGCGUGCACUUUCAGCGACACGUGAAGCGCCCACAGUUCAGCUCCGCCGGCCACUUUUGUGGCUUCGACAUGCAGCGCCUCUACUCACAGGCGCAUCAGCAAAAGCGGGCCAAGCAACUGCUGCAGCAGGCGGCCCCAUCUGAUGGUGUUGAUGUUGGCGUUGGUGUUGGUCUUGGUGUGGACAUGAAGUCCACGCUGUUUGAUACGAAGGACCUUUUUCUUGCUCGCGGACAUUUGGCCGCCAAGGCUGAUCUGAUUUAUGCCACCCAACAACGCAGCACUUUCAACUAUCUGAAUGUGGCACCCCAGUGGCAGACACUCAAUGCUGGCCACUGGGCUGUUGUUGAGGAGGCCACCCGACGUUUUGCUGCACGCGAGAAGCUCUCGCUGAGCAUAUAUACGGGCACCUAUGGCGUCAUGCCACUGCCGAACGCUACUCAGACGAGCUUCUAUCUGGCCAACGAUGCCAAUAACAAUCACGUUUUGCCUGUGCCCCUUCUCUUCUAUCGCCUGGUCAUCGACAAUGAUAGGCCAUGGUCUGGCCUAGCCAUCGUGGGUGUCAACAAUCCCCAUGCCACCUGGCCCGAGAUUUGGAAGUCAUAUAUGAUUUGUGAGACCAGAAUACCGCCAAGGUAUGUGCCCUGGUUACGCUCGCUGCAGCAGAAGAACUUGAAAAAGGGAUAUCUCUAUGCCUGCACCGUUGCGGAUGUGGCCAGAGCGGUGGGACACUUGCCACCCCAUCUUCUAGAGGUACACGAGCCUCUUUUAGGGGAAGACUUGAAAGAUCAUGAGUUAAGCGAAGAUGACAUCAUUGACUCCGACUAACUUUAAAGGGAAUAUCAUUCUGUAGAAUUUUAACUUAUUUACUUUUAAUCCCAU